ACGGACCCAGGCCAGAUCGACGGCCCCUGCUUCUCCCCCAAGAAGGAGACCUGCGCAAUCCAAACACACCUGGAUUGAGCUGGCGCCGCACUCCGGCAGUAAUUACGGCGGCCUCACUCGUUGACAGUUUUGAUUUUUCUUGCGCGCAGUAGACUGGUACGGUCUGAUGUCGACGAGCGUCCCCGCAAGCACGCGACACGUCCUGGCUGCGUAACGACUGAGGAGCACGAUUCACGAGACGAGACGACAUGGCAGAGGCCAGCAGACGAUUCUCCGACGAUGCAGCAGACCUGGCUGCGUCGAUUGGAUCCUCACUCCGAGCAAGGUCUCUUUCGCCCGUGGCUAGGGGCUGGAGGGCGAAGCUCGGGCUGGGACACUACGCGAGGCGGACGCUGGGCAUCGCACUGCUGCUGGUCACCGUGUUCCUGUGGACGCUGUCCAACUUCCUCGCCAGUUUCAUCUUCUCCGACCAUACCUACGACAAACCAUUCUUCCUCCUCUACAUGAACACCUCGGUGUUUGCGUUUGCACUGGUGCCACGAUUCACGAAAUACAUACUGCGAAGCGGGCUUCGCGGUCUACGAAACGAUACAGCGACGUUAUGGCGACAGUGUAAUUCGGAGAUCCCUCCCCCGAAAGUCAUGUUCGAGGCAGACGAGACGGGCGAGCGACUGCUGGUGGACGACGACGACGUCGACACUGUCAUUGGCGACGACGACGACCGGCUGGAGAAGCUGAGCUUCCGGGCUACGUCGAGGUUGAGCCUCGAGUUCUGCAUGCUCUGGUUUCUCGCCAACUACUUUGCGUCCGCCUGCCUUGGGUUCACAAGCGUGGCCAGCGUCACCAUCCUCACCUCGACGAGCAGCAUCUGGACGCUCAUCUUCUGCGCCCUGUUCCGCAUCGAGGCGUUCAGCAUGCGCAAGUUUAUUGGCGUCAUGGCCUCCCUGACCGGCGUCGUGCUCAUCUCGACGGUCGACCUGACGGGGGCGGGCGACGGCGAUCGGGGGUCCUUUCCCGACAAGACGACGGGCCAGGUGGCCAUUGGCGAUGCCAUGGCCUUUCUCAGCUCGGUCGUGUACGGCGUCUACGUGACUGUGAUGAAGCGGCGCGUGGGCAACGAGGACCGGGUCGAUAUGAACCUCUUCUUCGGCAUGGUGGGCGUCUUCAACCUGCUCUUCCUGUGGCCCUUGUUUUUCAUCCUACACUGGACCAACAUUGAACCGUUCGAGAUGCCACCGACGGCACGGAUAUGGACCAUUGUCGUCGUCAACUCCUGCGCGUCGUGGGUCAGCGACAUGGCAUGGGCGUACGCGAUGCUCCUCACGACGCCGCUGGUGGUGACCGUCGGCCUGUCGCUGACCAUUCCGCUGUCCUUGAUCGGGGAGAUGAUCCAGUACGGCAUGUACUCGAGCUUCGUCUACUGGGUGGGCGCGGCCAUCGUCUUGUCGUCGUUUGUCUUCGUCAAUCACGAGAGUCGGGAGGAUGAGGAUGACGCGGUGGGCCACUGAAGCGAGCGCGUGUAAGUACGCGGCAGGCAAGCAUGGUCUACAUCGAGUUACCGAUAAUUAUUAGCGUUCACCGUGGAAUAGAUUUCUUUUAGCGUCAGGGACCACCAGACCAGCUGGAUGCGGAGGGGCACAGGCAUCUCCAAAAUCCAAUCCCGUUUCCCAAUCCCGUGCUCAGAUCCACUCGCAGGCCAAGUUCAGUUGCGGCCCUUGCCUUCCAGGUUCCUGGCGGAGGAACAUCCGCUCCUGUCCCGCCCUUCAAGGCCGAUCCCCCUCCAAACCUUCGAUCUCCGGACGUCGCUCCGUCGCGAAUGCUGGUAAUAAGACUUCCAUGCUUUGGCGAACCCCACCAAUCCACGGAGCGAGCACCGUAACCUUGGUCACAGUCGCCGCAAUGGGGACGGACAGUAUUGAAGAAACCUGCUGUUCAGAGGG